UCUCUCAUUCAUCCUUCCAUGUCGCAUCUGUAAAUAGUUUCUCAUCACUAUAGCCAAUCUUCCAGCAUGUCUCAGCUCGAGAUCUUUCUCAAGGCGCUGUCCCGACUAUUAGGGUGGAUAUAUACUUUUUGCUGGUCUGCGUCUUUUUAUCCCCAACCAAUAAGCAAUUUCCGACGACGGUCGACGACGGGACUCGCCAUCGAUUUCCCGACAAUCAACGUCCUGGGGUUCAUCUGCUACAUGGGGUAUACCGCCGCGUUCCUUUGGUCUCCCGUUAUUCGUGAUCAGUAUGCGGCCCGUCAUCCCUUGGCAGAAGAGCCGACCGUCCGCUUCAACGACUUCGCCUUUGCCAUCCAUGCAGUCGUCCUCAGCAUCAUCACCUACACCCAGUUUUGGCCCCGGAUUUGGGGGUUCGAGGUGUCACGUUUCCAACGCGUGAGUAAGCCGGUGGCCGGUCUUUUCUGGGGCUCGAUUGCAGCCGUGGUCCUGGUGGUCUUCGUUGUGCUGCGCCAGGGCCCCAGCCAAGGUUAUGAUCCGUCGGCAUGGGCAUGGAUUGAUGUUGUUUAUACUUUGUCCUACGUCAAAUUGAUCGUCACCAUUGUCAAGUACGUUCCACAGGCAUGGGUCAACUAUAAGCGGAAAUCCACGGCCGGCUGGAGCAUUGUGCAGAUUCUCCUGGACUUGAUGGGCGGGGUCCUCUCCCUCGUCCAGCUGGUCCUCGACUCGAGCUUUCAAAAUGACUGGAGCGGCAUCACCGGAAACCCCGUCAAACUUCUUCUGUCCAACGUGAGCAUCGCCUUUGAUGUGGUCUUUAUGGUUCAGCAUUAUCUUCUGUAUCGAGAUGUAGAGGAUGGCCCGGGCAAACCACCCAAUGCCGGUAUCACCACUCCGCUAUUGGACCCUCAACAACGGUCAGCGAGUGUCUAAGGUGGGGUGAGGGGAAAGGAAACUAUUCCCGAAUAGGAGAAAACUGUGCAGGACCCACGUCUUAGUCCACAUCCUUGUCCCGGUCGAGAUUGAUGCCUGAUUAGCCCAUUUCUGGAAUUUUCGUGGUUUUGUCUUGUUUUUGGUGAACAUUCGCAUUGGUCCAAGUUCCGGGCCCCAUCGAUUUUACUCGGUGGUAACUUUUUAUUUACAUGCUUUUUUAUUUUCAAUUUCAGCUAGUGAACGCCAUAAACCAGCAACGAGCGGAUGACACCGCUCUUUGGGC